UGGAACACAGUGAACAUGUUGCCACUUUAUCUAUCUUUCCUCCAUUCCAAAUAUAUCAGGACACAACUGCUUCAUCAACUAGCAGUCUAGCAACCAUCUCUCUGUUUCUCCUGCUUCUCUCUGUAAUCUUCAAACACCCUUUUAUCAUUCAUGUUUAUGUUCAGCCACAGUGGUUUCUCACAUGAUACUAUCAAGAUAAUGGCCAUUGAGACAAGUUUACUUUAAGGUCUUGGCAGCUACUCUCGCAUUAGUUUUUGAAAGCGGUGGAAUAAUUUUAUUCUGAUGCGGUAGAUUGCUUUGUCAUUAUCAUCAUGGAGAGCAGCGGAAGUAGAGAGAGCAAAUUCUCAAAUGGAGAUGUCUACUAUGGUAAUUUUAAAGAGACGCUCCCUCAGGGCAACGGUAAGUACACUUGGUCAGAUGGGAAAAUUUAUGAGGGCGAUUGGGAGGAAGGAAAAAUGACAGGGAAAGGGAAGGUUCUUUGGCCAUCAGGCACGACAUAUGAGGGUGACUUCUCCGGGGGUUACCUACAUGGUUUUGGAACUUUAACUAGUUUGGAUGGGUCUGUCUACAGAGGCUCCUGGAAGUUAAACCUUCAGCAUGGAUUUGGAGAAAAGCAGUACCAAAACUCAGAUGUUUACGAAGGUACAUGGAAAGAGGGAAAACAGGAAGGCAGCGGUAAGUAUGUUUGGAGUAAUGGUAACAUGUAUAUUGGUACUUGGAAAGCCGGGAUUAUGUGUGGUAGAGGUGUUAUGAAAUGGUCGACUGGUGAUCUCUUUGAUGGCUUUUGGUUAAAUGGUUUAAGACAUGGGUCAGGAUUUUAUAGGUUUGCAGAUGGAGGUUAUUAUUAUGGCAUAUGGACAAAAGGCAUAAAGGAUGGAUGGGGGAAAUUUUAUCCAGAAGGAAAUAAUCGCCCGUCUCUAGCAAAGUGGAAUAACUCUGAAUUACUCAAUGAAAUCGUGGAUGGUUCUGUGUCGGUUAGCUCAUUAAAGAAAGCAGAGUUCAAGGUUAUAAAGCCUAGUCUUAAGCGCAGUGUUUCUAUAAUUGCACUCAAUGGAUUUACUAAGGUUCGUAAACCACAUAAGAGUGUCUUGGUGAAGAAGAAUCAAAACCCCAGUCAUUCUGUUACAGAUGGUACUUUUGAAGAAGUCCAGAAUGAGGUUCAGCAAAGCGAUUCUCAAGUUUAUGAAAGAGAAUACAUGCAAGGCGUCUUGAUCAAAGAAAGGAUAAUAAAUCAUACAGGUCGUUCUAAAAGCAUUAAACAGCGGGGAAAGACAAAGGAAGCAAGAAAGAAGUCUCUUGUGAGCACAUAUGCAGGCCUUAAAAGUUAUUAUUUGAUGCUUAAUCUGCAGCUUGGCAUCAGGUACACUGUGGGAAAAAUCUCUCCAUUGCCUAUGCGUGAAGUAAGAUCAUCUGAUUACGGAGCACAAGCUAGAAUACAGAUGUAUUUUCCCAAAAGGGGCUCCCAGAAAACUCCUCCACACUACUCCUUAAAUUUUUACUGGACGGAUUAUUAUCCUAUGGUAUUCCGGAAUUUGAGGGAGAUGUUCAAGCUAGAUGCUGCUGACUACAUGAUGUCAAUAUGUGGUGAUGAUGGCCUAACAGAGCUUUCUUCCGCUGGGAAAAGUGGGAGCCUCUUUUAUCUUUCGCACGAUGACAGAUUUGUUAUUAAAACCUUGAAAAAAUCUGAGCUGAAGGUUUUACUCAAGAUGCUACCUAGCUACUAUGAUAAUGUAAAAGAGCAUGAAAACACACUCCUAACAAAGUUUUUUGGAGUCCACCAGAUAGCAUGGAAGGCUGGAAGAAAGAUACGCUUUGUUGUGAUGGGGAACAUGUUCUGCACUGAAUUGCGAAUACACCGUCGUUAUGACCUGAAGGGUUCAUGUCAGGGAAGACUUACAAAUAAAGUUGAUAUUAGAGAGAAUACUACAUUCAAAGACCUUGAUUUGCCAUACGUAUUCCAUAUGGACAAGUUGUUGCGCGAGUCACUUCUAGAACAGAUCACUCAUGAUUGUAUGUUUCUGGAGUCUCAGCAAAUAAUUGACUACAGCCUUCUACUGGGGUUACAUUUCCGAGCUCCGGAACAUCUGAAAGCCUUCUUGGAAACUGCCGAGUCCAUGCACGAGCCAGAGCACACAUUUGCUAGUGAUGGUGCAAUCUCUCAAGAUGAAAUGUUGAUUCCUCCGAAGGGGCUUCUACUAGUGACCCAUGAACCCAACUUUGUCAGCACUGCACCAGGUCCUCACAUUAGAGGAAAUACUUUGAAAGCAUUUUCCGUGGGUGAGAAGGAGGUGGACCUUCUUCUGCCCGGUACUGGAAGAUUACGAGUCCAGUUAGGAGUAAACAUGCCAGCUCAGGCUAAUCAUAAGAUUCAGCGGGAUGGUGGAGAUGCAUCCGAAGCUGAACUUUUUGAGGUUUACGACGUGGUUCUCUAUCUUGGCAUAAUCGACAUACUUCAGGAAUACAAUCUCAAAAAGAAAGUGGAACUCACGUACAAGUCGCUCAAAUUUGACCCUAACUCAAUUUCUGUCAUGGAACCAACGCCUUACUCAAAACGUUUCGUAAAUUUUCUUGAGAGAGUAUUUGUACCAACUUGAACCCUCAGAGCACUCAUUCUCCUCUCCUCAUGUUAUUCUGCUUUUAAAUCAUCUCCUUUGCCAUUUGCUUAGUGUUUUCGAAUUUUUAGAUUCAAGUUAUAGCAGUUAUUCAUUGAUAAGUACAUGCAACUGAUUCUUGCAGCAAGGUGAAAUUUUGUUCUUUUAAGUUCUGAUUCAUAAAUAAAACAAUUGCUUUAAUAUAUAUAUAUCCUUUUAUUUCACUGUGA